GAAGCAACAUGGCCGACGCGCCGGACUCAUUUUCAUUGUAGUGACAUAUUUUUUUAAAUAGAACAAAACACAAUCUUUAGUACUAGCAAGUUUUACAUAAUUUUUCAUUGUGUGUCAAUUCUAAAUGUGAAAAAUUGCCGAAAAAGAACGAAAACAUUGUUGCACAGUGUAUAAAAUGACAUAUUUCGUAGAUAUUGUGGAUACAUAGAAGAUACACUAUGUUGACACGUCCCUUGAUUUGUGGUUAUCAGUGAAGAUGAGUGACUUCAAUAUUUCCAGACUAUCUGAACACUGCUAAAUUAUAUAUAUAUUUUCAUUUCGCAUUGUAAAAAUAAACAGCAAAUAAGAGAAGAUUCGAUUGUCCGUGACUUUUGAUUGAGAGAUGACUUGUACCGAAAAGCAAGAUAAGUAAAUAGAACUAACCAUGCAUCGUCAAAUAUAUACAUGAACAUGGAUAAGAAUAAGAAAAAGAAUCAUGUGAAUAGUAAAUAUAAAAAGAAUGGAAAAUCUGAUAACUAUAGAGCAGAAGAUGACAUCAUCACAACAUGUUGUCUGUGUGUCAAAACGAAAAAAAGUAAAAAGAAAACUUUGGUUGCCGGCUGCGUAACUAAUCUUGGGAUAUUCGUUUUACUACUGGCUUAUACUUUGCUCGGUGCUUUUAUUUUCUUAGCAAUUGAAGGCAGCGCUGCAAGGAUACAUCAAAAAACACUAGCAACGACUUCGUAUCAAGCAACUGAACAAAAAGUGCCGUUGUCUAAAAUAAAUGGAAGUAUAAGCCAGGCUAGUGCAGAACUGAGAUCGCAGACGGUAGAAAGCAUUUGGGAGAUAACAGUUUCAUUAAACAUACUGUAUAAGGAGAAUUGGACCAGACUAGCGGCGCAGGAGAUUGCGAGGUUCCAGGAGAAGCUGGUGGCGAGGGUGGCUGCAGAUGUGUCGGCGCAGUACGGAGGAGCUAGGGUGCUGGAGUCGGCGCCUGCUCUUGUGAUUGACGACUAUGAAUGGAACUUUGCAAAGGCAUUCCUGUAUUCGCUUACUGUUCUUACUACUAUUGGUUAUGGCAGCGUAGCACCAAGAACAGCCUUGGGUAAAGCAGUCACAAUAGGAUAUGCUGUCAUAGGUAUUCCUCUAACCUUAUUAUAUCUAUCAGUCGUUGGAGCCCUGCUAUCAAGAUUAGCCAGAAGUGUCUUCAGCAGGGCACUAUGUUGCUGUCUUUGCACAAAAUGUGGAUACUGUUGUCUCGACGAACGAACCAUGGCAAACAAGGAACGAAAAGAAAAAGUGAGACGACAUGAUGACUACAGAGGACAGACUUUGCACCUUCAAGAGCCGUAUUACGUUAGAUCACCAUCCGGCACUAUUAUAUCUGCGUCACAAGCACACAGUGUUAGCACAAAUUCUAUUAAAGAUAAAACACAGAGUCUCAGUUUUCUGAGAGAUUGUGAUUCGAUGAGUUGUACUGAUACAGAUUCCAAAGCAUCUUUGCGUGGAUUUUCAAUUUUAGCUCCAGUUUCUUUGUGUCUUGCUGCAAUAUUCACUUACAUCUUUUUUGGAGCCCUUGUUUUGUAUCAGAUAGAGGGUUGGAGUCCCAUAGAUGGAGUAUAUUUUUGUUUUAUGAGUCUCAGCACAAUAGGUUUUGGGCAUUUAGCUCCAGGGGCUACGCAAAAGAAUGGAGCGUCAUCUGGCACUGUCUGGUUUUGCUCAAUUUACAUUAUGACCGGGCUCGCUCUCACGGCUAUGUGCUUUAAUGUCCUUCACGACGAAAUAGUUCAUCGACUAAAACACCACGAAAAAGUUAUGAAAGCGACCACUCAGAAAGUUCUUACUCCAGAAUUUUUGCAUCGGUCUUGACGGGAUGAAAGUGGCAAUCUAACCGACGACACCGUGAUCAAUUCAGAAGGGGAAUCUUUACCUGAAGUGCUGAAUCACGUUCCUAAUUCAAGAUGGGAGGGGGGCGCCAUACGACGAUCUGUUUAUACGGGUAGAGAACAAAGGGAUCCUGAACGAAUGACCCCGAUGUAGAUAUAAAUAAUAUAGUCGCAUUAUUUGACUGCCGGAUUAUGUCACUGUUACGUCAAACUUAACAGUAUCGAGAAUACUAUCAAGGCAGUCUGACUAACACUUAUCUAUUUACUUUGCUGGCUCAACGAGACGCAAGGAUUUUGGCCUCAGGCCUCUGCGCCAACCCCCUGUCAGUCGGCUCUUUAGAAACAAUAAUAUAAUUGGAUAGAUACAGUCAACUGCACGUCAAGUUGCCCUGCAUGUAUUUGUAUGUCGCGGUAAUAGCGCCGACUUUGCAGUGAAUUUGGAUAUACUGACUGAUGCAGAAGAGUACCUAUACACUGAAAAUAAUGUGAUAUCUAUUGCCGUAACAAAUUAUUUUCAUGGUAGGUAUUCCAAUUAAUUGGCGAAUUCCCGACAUCAAUAAAAUUUUUAUCCCAUAAAUAUGCAUGGAAUAUAUUUCGAUAUUUUUGGUUAAAACUAUUUCGAAAUAUUUUAAAUAUGGAAUUAUGUGAAUGAGGAAUAUUUAUUCAUAGAAUUUUAAUUAUAUAUUUUUAUCUAUUGUUCAUUAAUUUUCUAUUGCUGUUGUAUUUUUGCCCAAUUUUGAUCAUACACCUUGCGUGAAUUGAAAUAAAUGACUGAUCAUAAACUUAUUAAAUUUUAAAUUUGGAUAUGGAAUAAAAUAUUUUACCAUAAAGUUUCGCUGAAAUUGAUUUUUCAAACCUUUUAAUUUAUUCAAAAUCUGAUUCCUCGUAUUCUUCACUAACCACAGACAAUUAAUUAUGAAUCGAGUGUGUUUAGACUAAAAUUAAAUAAUUUUAGAAAUUGUAUAAUUUGUGGAUUCAAUACCAAAUUAAUAUAGUUAUAUAUGUAUUAAAAUGUUGGAUCAAAUUCUGACGAAAGUCUGUACUAUUGAAGUCAUUAUAAUUUUGCUAAGUCAUAGUCAUAGUAAGUACUAAUAUGUAAAAUUUAGAACUAUGCCAAACUGUAUCAACUAAAUAAUUAGCUAAGGGCUGGUCUGCAUUAGUGUGAAGAAUUGUUUAAACAGCCUAUAGAAUUACAGAAAUAAAAUAAAAUAAUAAAA